GGUCUCUAUGCUCCGUGUAGUUCUAAGGCUAAGCCCUCGGAACGCGGCUCGGUUGCUUAGCGGCGGCGGCAGCGGCAGAGGCGCCAAAGGAGGGCUUUCAGGCGGCGUUUUCGGACGUCGCCAGCGCCUCCGGAUCCCGAAGGAAGGAGAGAGGGCCCGGCUGGGAAAUGGGCACCAAAUCUGACCAGCUGCUGGUUGUGGUUUCUAUCCUGGAAGGACGUUAUUUUCCCAAACGUCCAAAGCAUAUGCUGGUGGUAGAGGCAAAAUUUGAUGGUGAACAUUUAUCUACUGACCCAGUACAACAUAGUGAUCAACCUGAAUUUGCCACAGAAUUAGCUUGGGAACUUGACAGAAAGGCACUUCACCAGCACAGAUUACAACGUACUCCUAUUAAGCUACAAUGCUUUGCUGUGGAUUCUUCAACUGCAGCAAAGGAAACUAUAGGUUAUGUUAUACUUGAUUUAAGAACUGCUCAGGAGAAGAAACAGCCACCAAAAUGGUAUCCUUUACUCAGCAACAAAUACACCAAAUUUAAAUCUGAAGUACAACUAAGUCUGACAUUAGAGACUGAUACCAAAGCAACUGUGGAUGGUUUUAAAGCUAAGGAGGCACCCCCCAGAGCCAUGACAGUACCUCUGAAACUCCCUGGAUUGGACCCAAAAAAUCUUGUAGCAGUGCUGAAUGAAGAAGGAUAUCAUCAAAUUGGACCGGCAGAAUACUGCAGAGACUACUUCAUUUUGUCUGUUACUGUUGCAUUCGCCACACGAUUAGAACAGCUAAUACCAACCACAAUGAAACUUCCAGAACGGCAGCCUGAAUUUUUCUUUUACUAUUCACUACUGGGCAAUGAUGUUACCAAUGAAACAUUCACUAACUUGAUGAAUCCAAACUUUGAGCCAGAGAGAGCAUCUGUUCGAAUACGCAGCAGUAUUGAAGUUUUAAGAGCAUAUUUGCUAGCUCAUUCAAAGUUGCAGAUCCAUCUUUGCUGUGGAAAUCAGUCUCUUGGAAGCACUGAGGUACUUCUAGCUGGCUUGCUGAAGAAGGGAAAUGUAGAAAUCCAGCAACAUCCAGUAACUAUUGAAGGAGCAUUCAUUCUUGUUCCACCCAACAGAACCCGGCAAAGACUGCCCCCAUUGCCUUUGGAUACGGCACCCACUGUCGGGGUAUCAGUAUCUCUACAAAAGGAUAGCAGAGUUUCACAGCCUACAAUCCACACAGUUUCAAGGGCUGACUCUGAAACUGUAAAAAGGGCUUUGUCUCCUACACAAGAUAAAGAAAAGAGACCUGAACACACUUCCCAUAAUGCACUACCUCAGAUUCAUCAUUCUCCUCCUGUAAAAGAGGAUUCAACUGAAAGUGAAGUGGAAAGUCUUCAGUAUGACAAGAAUCCAAAGCCAGAGAAGAAAGGGUUGAAUACCCAAAUACCUGUUUCCCAGAGUCAACACAUCAGUAGUUCUGAAUCUACUGCAGCACCAAAAGUUGCUGUUCCAACAGCUGCCCAUCAUUUCUGCUUCUCACUAGACCUAAGAACUAUCCACAGUUUGGAUACUGGGUUUCCAGUCAAUUGCAUGUUAAGGUACUCAUAUCCAUUUUUUGGCAGUGCAGCCCCUAUUAUGACAAACCCUCCUGUGGAAGUAAGAAAAAACAUGGAGGUGUUUCUUCCCCAGUCCUAUUGUGCAUUUGAUUUUGCAACGAUGCCUCAUCAGCUUCAGGAUACUUUUUUCAGGUUACCAUUACUGGUGGAGCUGUGGCACAAAGAUAAAACAACAAAAGACUUGCUUCUAGGAGUUGCAAGACUCCAACUUUCAAAUGUUUUGGCCAUGGAAAAAACCCGUUUUCUAGGUGCUAAUGGGGAGCAGUGCUGGCGUCAGACUUUCAGUGAAACAAUCCCUAUAACAGCAGCACAAGGGCCAAGCAACAAGAUUGCAGAUCUUUCAUACACAGUGACUCUAGAAGAUUAUGGGCUUGUGAAAAUGCAUGAGGUUCUGGUGUCUGAUUCUUCUUGUUCUUUAGGUAAGGAUGAGCCAACGCUAGUUCCUCCACCUCAGCCACGUAAUGUUGCUGAAGCCCAGCCAGAGCCACGAGAAACUCUAGAAUAUAAAGCAGCGCUUGAACUGGAAAUGUGGAAAGAGCUACAAGAAGAUCUUUUUGAAAAUCAGCUGAAGAAGAAGGAGUUGGCUCAUAUGCAGACUCUUGCUGAAGAGUGGAGAAAAAGGGAUCGAGAAAGGGAAGCACUGGUAAAGAAAAAAGUUGCAGAAUAUACAGUUUUGGAAGAAAAGCUUCAAAAAACUUUGACUGAUUUAGAGAAACGUGAAAAACAACUUGUCAGUGCUGAAACUGAGCUCCAAAGAUUAAAGAAAGACCUGCUAGCAGAGCAUGAACGAAAUUGCCAGGAGCUUCAAGAUACAAUUAGACGCAUCAAAGAAGAGUGUGCCCAUCAGGUUGAACUGGAGAGAUCAAAGAUCAGGCAGUUGGAAGAGGACAAAGUUCAUUUUCAUCAACAACUGAAUGAAGCAGAAAGCAAAUUUAAGGCUCUGGAGAAAGAGUUUCAGCAAUACAAGGAACAGCAGAGCACUAAACCAGAAAUCCGACUGCAAUCAGAAAUAAGCAUUUUAACAUUAGAAAAGGGAGACCUUGAAAGGAAGUUAGAAUCAGCCACUAAGGCAAAGCUACAUUACAAGCAACAGUGGGGACGAGCUCUGAAGGAACUAGCAAGACUGAAACAGCGUGAGCAAGAGAGUGCGAUGGCCCGUCUUAAAAAACAGCAGCAAGAACUUGAGCACAUGAGACUUCGGUACCUGGCAGCUGAAGAGAAAGAACUGGGAAAGGCACAACGGCAAGAGCUAGAGGAUAUCAGAAAUGAGCUGAACAGGUUAAAACAAGAGGAAGACAAAAAGCAGUCCCAAGAUACUCAAGAUGUUUUGGGGAUGCAGCUGCAAAAUUCUCACAUAAGGCAAGCGGAUGAGAGUUUAGAUGACUAUCUUGCUCGUCUGAUAGAGGAAAGGGAUACCUUAUUGAGAACCGGUGUGUAUAAUCAUGAAGACCACAUUGUAAGUGAGCUUGAUCGUCAAAUUAGCGAAGUCCUUGCUAAAAGAAGCAGAAGCAAGUAGCAGAACUUGCUGAACUGAAUCUUCUUUAUAUUUUUUAUGACAAGGAUGCAUACUUUAAUGAAUUAUUACAUUGUUCUGGAUUCUGGAGGAUUUGCACACAUGCUCUGCUUUUAUCUCCCAAAGCAUCCUACGACAUAAACAUAAACCUAUUCUAUUUUCAGGAAAAGCAUGGACUGUAUUUUUAAGAUUAGUUUGUAAAUAUUUCACUAUUUAUUUUUAUAGGUGGUUGACUACAUUUCCCCAUCCUGUUGACACAGCUUGUUUUAUUUAUAGAAGAUUUCUAAAUUUCAGUUCUAUAUUUCUGUUCAAUUUCUGAUUGCUUGUUUUAUAAGUAUUUCUGUCCUUGAUUGUUUUUAUACAUUUGUAUCAAACCGGCAUACCAAUAAAAUUGCACUAAGAAAA